GGCUGAUAAGGCGUGCCAGAAUCACGAUAAAGCUGUCCAACGUCGCAAGUUAACUCCAUUGAUCCAUGGAAAAGGGAAAAAGUUGAAGCUUCCGACCCCGAGCAGAGGCCAGGUCAAGGUGACAGGACACGCCACUUUAUAUUAAGAUCGCCCCUAUUGUAACAUUCUUUACUAUAAAUCUGCUUCUGUCUCCUUUCAAUUCUUUUCUCUGCAUUUUCUUUGAAACUUGUUAAAGAUCAUAUUUGUUACUUGUCAAGAUGGCCGAUGAAUCAACUCUGCGACAGCGAAAGCCUCAGCCCAAGAACGAGACCGAAUCUGAAGUCUCUCAGCCUUCGACUCCGACAAAAAAGGGCAAGAAAAGAUCCUCGGCCCAGGUCGAUGAAGAAGACCCAUGGGAUGGCUACUCCCCUUACCUCGAUGUCGUUCGUGUCAUCAGCUUCAUUAUCGUGGCCUCAAUGGGUCUAAGCUAUGUUAUUAGCGGAGGGGAGAGUUUCUGGUGGGGACACAAGAACAAGCCCAACUGGAUGACCCAGAGAUUCUACAAGGACUUGAUUCUUGGACCUCCACCGCCUGUAUAUAUGACUUUGGAGGAACUCUCUCUCCACGACGGUACCGACCCCGAUAGACCUCUUCUUCUUGCCAUCAAUGGUACGAUUUAUGAUGUUUCCAACGGCCGCCGCAUGUACGGCCCAGGGGGCUCAUACAGCUACUUCGCUGCCACUGAUGCUGCUCGCGGCUUCGUGACCGGCUGCUUUGCUGAGGACCAGACCGCCGACCUCCGUGGCUAUGAGGAGACUUUCCUGCCCCUCGACGAUCCUGAAGUUGACUCUCACUGGACACCCGAGGAGCUUGCUGAGCUCAAGAUCAAAGAGAGGGAAGAGGCUAAAAAGAAGGCCGAUGCCGCGCUCCAGCAUUGGGUCGACUUCUUUGCCAACAGCAAGAAGUACACCAAGGUGGGAUAUGUGUAUCGGGAACCCGACUGGCUGGAGAACGAGAAGCCCAAGAAGCUUUGCGACCAGGCUCAGAGAAGCAGAAAGACAAGAAAGAUUCCUAAGAAGGACUGAUCUUUACUCAGACUGGGAAUGUUGUAUGUUUGUAUUUCUGGUUAGCCUAUAUCCAUCCUUUUUCAAACCCAACUAAGCUCAAAAGGCAUGAUAUACAUGACCGUGAACACGUUAAAAACUUCAAAUUAAGGGAUAAUGAAGAUGAUCUCUCUAAUAGUUUUUGGGUAUUCUUGGUUGUUAUCUAAACGUUCAACCUUGAUACACUUUCCCAUUGAACCUGGCCGUAAACACCGUUGAUGACUGUGCCUAUCCCGAGGCUGCCCAACCGUUCCAGCAAUUGGUACAAAUAUCCCCAUUAAUUGUUCCCAGCAUUAUGUCUAUCCAUUCACAAGUUCGUCAUGCUCUCAGCUUAUAGUACAUACAUAGCAGCGGCACCGACUGCGAGCAGCAUCGAAAUAGGGGCCUUGAGCUCAGCAGCAGCAGCAGUGACCACAGGAUCGCCCGAAGAACCAGCUGUGGGAGUGCCAGUAGCUCCAGGGGCCGCGACGCCAGUUGGCGUGCCAGAGCCAUCCUCGGAACCGUCAUCGGAGCUACCGUCAUCGGAGCUAUCGUCACCGGAGGAGCUGCCGCCAUCAGAGCUGUCGCCGCCGGAGCUGCUGCCGCCGUCUGAGCUAUCGUUUCCGGAGCCGUCACCUCCAGAGCUGCCACCUCCAGAACCGCCUGUGUUGGUGCCAUUGCCACCAUUUCCGCCUUGCGGGGAGCCACCACCUUGAACAGGAACGACUUCGGAGACUGUAGCUGAACUGCAGAGGCUCUUGUAGUUGUUGAGCGAUCUUGUAGCAUUGGCAGAUGUGCUGGGUGGCGUUUAGUAAAGAACCCUGACAGAAGAUCGUAGCAGACUCACUUUUCGUUGAUAACCAUCGACAUUCCUCCCUGACAGUGUUUUGCCUUGCUGCAGAAUAGCCACAUAGGCUUCUUGUCCUUGACCAUGAUGGUGUAAGUGGGAAUCAUGCCCUUGGACAUGCUAGCCUCGACAGGCUGGUAGCCAGAGUAGAUGCCAGUGACAUUUGACAUAACGUUGCCAAUAGGUACACAAGGGUCGUCGAAGGUAGACUGUGUCACUGUGUGGUUGCCAGCCCAGAAUUGAAACUGAACCAUGGUUCCUGGCUCUGCUGUGAUCUUUUCAGGCCAGAACUUGAGGCCAGUGGCAUUUGUUGCCGAGUUUCUGCCAACCGAGACGACUUGGACAUCGACGGCUAAAGAGGCUGUUAGUUGAUUCUUCUUUUGUGGCUCCAUGGGCACAUACCUUCAGCAACAGCCGCAAGGGCAACGAUAGCAAUUUGAGAGAAAUACAUAAUGAUUAGAGAUUUGGGAUUGUGGGUAUUUGGUAGAGGCAAAGGAAGGGCACUCUGGGAGGGAUGUUCAGAGAUGGGAGCAAAGAAAAGAAGCGACUUGCGCUCUCAAGGACUAGCCUCGUCUAAGAAAGUAACAAGAAGAAUUAAUGAAAGAUUGAAAGGACAAAGGAAACGCGUCCAAUGGGAACAGGACCAGACUGUUGAUUAUGGAACGAGAUGGAGAGAUGAGGAGAAACAAAACAAAAGAGACGAGACGGAUUGGUAUAUAUACAUCCAUCUUAGGGCUUGGCCUAUGAUGGUCUUGACCCUGAUUACGAGUUUCGAAGCACAUCUGAAGCACGCCUCUCAACGGCGCCGAAAGAUGGAUCUUGGGGCUUCCGUCUCGGCUCCUCGGUAGACUUACAGGACAGGCGUAGUAUGAGACACUAUCGACAAGGCUUCGCUGGAAGAGUUGUGGAAUGAAACAAAUAGUGCUGGGUAUGUCUUGGCUAGCUCUGGUAAGGCUUGGGAACUACCCAGGCUAUAUGUCAGGUUCAGAUAUCGAGCUCAACGACAUAAUGUUCGGAACUAAAUACAGAAGAGCGACUAUCGCAACUCGGACAAACGAUUAUGAUUUCUUCCUCUUAUUCGGGUUUCCAUUGUCAACAUUGAUCUAG